AUGUCUUAUGGUGUUGAUAUUCUCAGAGGUAAGACUCUCUAUGCAGGGAAAUGUAUGCUGGAUCUCUUUGACAAUAAUCUAAUUAGUUAUCAAUACAGAUAACAUGAAGCAUAAUUGAAUCUCAGUUUAUAAGAACAGGGCUGGUCUCAAAUACAUCUGCUUCACUCUAAUUGUUGUCCCUGUCAAAACAAAGAUCUCAAACCCUUGGAUUAAAAUUACUCUAAAAUAAAAUUAGCUACAGUAGCUAUGUUAUGUGAUAGAGAUUAUAAUUUUUUAUUAACAAGAAGACAUUCUUAGAUGAAGACAUUCCCAAAGAGCUGGGUCUUUCCUGGAGGAAUGGUAGAAGGGCAAUAAAACUUAGAAAGUGAAUGUCUCAGAGAAGUCCAAGAAGAAACUGGAUUGGAUGUAUUGCCAAUUCUUAGUAAAAUGGAAUUAAAAGUAAUGUAUGAAUCCAUUUAUCCAACCAAACUAGAAGAUAAUUAAUAUCCCAUCAAAUAAACAUUGUGUAUGUUUUACGAAGUGAAAAUCAAUCAAUCUUAUCAAAAUGUUACCAUUAAAAUGGAAGAAAAUGAAGUCGAUGAUUAUAAAUGGCUUUCCAAGAAAUAAAUGCUGGAAAUCAUGAAUGGGUAAACAAAAGAUCAUUCAUUUCUAGAAAUUGCAGGAAUAUAUCCCAAUUCAUAUGGAUCUGGGAUUGGAGAAGGACAUGUCAAAGCAUUUUUGCAUUGUUAUGCAUGA